AUGAGUCGGGAAUACCUCGCAUACGCCAGCAUCGCAGUCUCGGCCUUCAUCGCGUACAGCGUCGUAUCCAUCGCUCGCCAAUACUUACGGCUUCGGCACAUCAAGGGGCCACCGAGCGCCGGAUUUUCGAAAUGGUGGCUCGUUCGCGCCGUCGGCGGCGGUAGGACACACCUCGACUUUUAUGAGGCGUGCGAGAAAUAUGUUCGUGUCGGGCCGAAUGAUCUCAUCACCAGCGAUCCGGAUCUCAUGAAGCGUAUGCUUAAUGUGCGGACGACUUACAAGCGAUCUAAUUGGUAUGAUGGAAUGCGACUCAAGCCUGGCCAAGACAAUGUCUUAUCCACCCGAGAUGAUGAGCUGCAUAAUAAACUCCGGUCAAAAAUGGCCGCAGGUUACUCUGGUAAGGAAGUCGAAGAUCUCGAAGCCAAAAUUGAUCAAAACGUCCUUCGACUCAUCGGUUUGAUUGAGAAGUAUGCUUCUCGCGACGAAGCUUUUGACUUUGGAGCCAAGGCGCAAUACUUCACCCUCGAUGUCAUCUCUGACCUGGCUUUCGGUGAGCCGUUUGGAGACUUGGCAACUGAUUCGGAUGUCCAUGAGUACAUCAAGACCAUGGAGCAAAACAUGCCAACAAUUCUCGUGACGAGUGUUCUGCCAUGGCUUCUUGCACUCCUCUCUUCGCCUAUUUUCAGGAGUAUGAUGCCUUCUGAAAAAGAUGCAAUCGGCGUGGGAAAGACGAUGGGCAUUGCCAAGAAAGUUGCAUCAGAGCGUUUCGGUCCAAACAAGAAGGUCCAAAAAGAUAUGCUUGGAUCGUUCGUCGCGCGAGGGCUUACACAAGCUGAGGCUGAGUCGGAGAUUCUUAUGCAGUUACUAGCUGGUUCUGAUACUACCGCGACCGCCAUUCGGGCUACCAUUCUUCACAUAAUCACAAAUCCCCAAGUAACUGCUACACUCCGAGCCGAAAUCGACGCUGCCAAGCUGUCUUGGCCCAUCGUCUCCGAUGCAGAGGCUCGCGAGAUGCCAUACUUGCAAGCCGUCAUCAAGGAGGGUCUUCGUAUAUUUCCACCAGUAGUCGGUCAAAUGUCGAAGGAAGUCUCGAAUGGAGGAGCUGGCGAUGACUUCAAGGGUAUUCAUCUUCCAGAAGGCACCCGUAUCGGAUAUUGUGCAUGGGGAAUCUUUCGCAGGCAGGAUAUCUGGGGUCAAGACUCCCACGUUUUCCGGCCAGAACGAUGGCUAGAAUCCGACGUUGAAAGGCUGCGCUUGAUGGAGGGUACUCUAGAGCUUGUCUUUGGCUAUGGUCGCUGGCAGUGCUUGGGGCGAAACGUGGCUUUGAUGGAGCUGAACAAGGUCUUCGUGGAGCUCUUGAGGAGAUUCGACCUCGUUGUUAUCGAUCCAACAAAUCCGUGGCACUCAGUCUGCAGCGGUGUCUUCUUGCAGUCCCAAUAUUGGAUUCGAGGAUGCACUAGGCUCAGAGCAUAG